GCAAGGGUUAAUGUUUGGCUCGUCUCUUAAAUGUCUGGUUCCCACCUUAUCUGAGGUAAAUCCGGACGGCGGCGCUGUGUUCAAAUGAUGACUCCUACACAGAGGAAGCAGAGGAAGAAACAUGGCGGCCGACAAGUCUACAAAAGAAAAGCUUUUAUCCUCUCUAAACGAUAUUGAAGUGUUAUCCAGAGAACUUAUAGAGAUGCUGGCAUUGUCACAAAGCCAAAAACUUCCUCAGCCUGGCGAGGACACUCAGGUGCUUGAGCUGCUAGUGCAACGGGACAAAGAGUUCCAGGAGCUGAUGCGGACAGCCCGAAGCCAGGGAAGGACCCAUGAGGAAAUGAAGAAGCUGGAAAAGGAAGUUGAAAAGAGGGAUGGUGAUAUUCAACUACUGCAGAAACAGCUCAAAGAGGCCGAACACAUCUUGGCUACUGCUGUUUACCAGGCUAAAGAGAAACUGAAGUCAAUAGAUAGGGCCAGAAAAGGCAGCAUCUCUUCGGAGGAAAUCAUAAAGUAUGCACACAGGAUAAGUGCCAGUAAUGCAGUGUGUGCUCCUCUGAACUGGAUUCCAGGUGAUCCAAGAAGACCUUACCCAACUGACCUGGAGAUGCGCAGUGGUAUACUGGGUCACAUGAGCAACUUGCCUACUAACGGUGUGAACGGCCACCUGCCCGGAGAUGCACUGGCUGCUGGGAGAUUACCAGACGUGCUUGCACCUCAGUACCCAUGGCAGUCGGCAGAUGUUGCCGUGGCAAUGCCUCCACCGCCUCACCAUGGUAACGAUCUCGGCCUUGAGCUGCCGGGCCACAACAAAGAGAACGAGGAUGACGUAGAGGCCAUGAGCACAGACUCGUCUAGCAGCAGUAGUGAUUCUGACUGAGUGCAAUUGAGAGAUUGUCGUUUUGAGAAAUCAGAAAUGUUUUUGUUUGUAAACACUGCAUGGUGUGUGUGUGUGCGUGCGUGUCAGCUCAUGUCAAAAUAUUUGCAGUUCAUGCAGCAAGAUGUGUAUAUAGAGUUGUAAAUACAUUUUGGUUUGUAACCUUGUAAAUAAAGUUUGUCUUCAAUAAAAU